CCCACGACAGCCGGUGCACAACAGCCGCGGCGCUAUGUCCCUCCGUCUGCUCCUAAGAACCAAUAAAAAAUCGACCAUCUGCCGCUGCAAGACGGCCCCCGAUACUUUGAAUGGAUUUACCGGUUAUUACCGAAAGUUGAGCGACUGCAAGUCAUUCGCAUCACGACUUCUUUCCAACAGACUCCGGCUCAUCGCACUUGGAAUUUCUACCGUCGCGAGGUGUUUCCUGGAUUUCGGCGUGAAGCGCCGAGCAACGUUCGAUACAGCGGCGGACGUCGGGCCCGCACUCAGGGUGGAGCCGCAUGCAUGAGGAAGCAUCGGAGCGCGAACUUUGCCCUGCAUGAUGUAGAAAAAAACAUCGGUCUCGAUAUUGAAGUCUAUGGGUAUUUCAAAACGAUUCUGGGCUCUGCAACACGAGGACCGACCCCAGGGACCGCCUGCAGCGAGCUCAGCUUGCCCACUGCGGGGGAAGUUAUCAAACAUCUGGAAAUUAAUGAUCGUGACGUACAGCAUGUUGGUGCCGAGUAUGCAGAGUAAAUGCGAGGAUCAAGAAGAAUUAGGGCUUGGCCAGGUGCCGAAGACAGAGAAGACACAUUGCGAAACUACAAUAAUCAAAUCGCGCAAAGAUCUGACCCGAAGUGAUCGUAUUCAAUACCUGAACUGGGAUGCGAGGCCCACACUCGGAUCCUGUGACCGCCAUCGCAACCGCGUAGUCCAUGCGCAGUCGGUGCGUAAGCCUGAUUCGAAUCUCGUCGAUAACAUCUUCGGUAGAUAUUUCCAGAGGUGUGCAGGUGCAGAAGAUCGGACCAUGUGCAUAUUUGGUGAGAUCGGAGCCUAGCGGCGG